CAGUCCCGACGCGUCCCGCCCCCGCUCUGUCGCUUUAAGCCCGUCCCGCCGCCGCGCCCCGCCCUCACCCCUCCGCGCGCUCCGCGGCUCCCCGCCGCCUCUCCCGCUCCUCCCCUGCUCGGCCCUCUCCUCCUCACGCUCCUCCGCGCCGCCGCCAGCCCCGCUGCGCGUUCUGCUCCUUGCAGCUCCCGGGACCCGCAGCCAUGGCCGACAUCAAGACGGGCAUCUUCGCCAAGAACGUCCAGAAGCGGCUCAACCGCGCGCAGGAAAAGGUCCUCCAGAAGCUGGGGAAAGCUGACGAGACAAAAGAUGAACAGUUUGAAGAAUAUGUCCAGAACUUCAAACGGCAAGAAGCAGAGGGCACCAGACUUCAGCGAGAACUCCGAGGAUAUUUAGCAGCAAUCAAAGGCAUGCAAGAGGCCUCCAUGAAGCUCACGGAGUCGCUGCAUGAAGUCUAUGAGCCAGAUUGGUAUGGGCGGGAAGAUGUGAAAAUGGUUGGCGAGAAAUGUGAUGUGCUGUGGGAAGAUUUUCAUCAAAAACUUGUAGACGGGUCCUUGCUAACACUGGAUACCUACCUGGGCCAAUUUCCUGACAUAAAGAAUCGCAUCGCCAAGCGUAGCAGGAAGCUUGUGGACUACGACAGUGCCCGCCACCAUCUGGAAGCUCUGCAGAGCUCCAAGAGGAAGGAUGAGAGUCGAAUCUCUAAGGCAGAAGAGGAAUUUCAGAAAGCACAGAAAGUGUUUGAAGAGUUUAAUGUUGACUUACAAGAAGAGUUACCAUCAUUAUGGUCAAGACGAGUUGGAUUUUAUGUUAAUACUUUCAAAAACGUCUCUAGCCUUGAAGCCAAGUUUCAUAAGGAAAUUGCGGUGCUUUGCCACAAACUGUAUGAAGUGAUGACAAAACUGGGUGACCAGCAUGCCGACAAGGCCUUCACUAUCCAAGGAGCGCCCAGUGACUCGGGUCCUCUCCGCAUUGCAAAGACGCCAUCACCGCCUGAGGAGCCUUCACCACUCCCGAGCCCGACAGCAAGUCCAAAUCAUACAUUGGCACCUGCGUCUCCUGCACCAGUACGGCCUCGGUCACCUUCACAGACAAGGAAAGGGCCUCCUGUCCCACCCCUACCUAAAGUCACCCCUACGAAGGAACUGCAGCAGGAGAAUAUCAUCAGUUUCUUUGAGGACAACUUUGUUCCAGAAAUCAGUGUGACGACACCUUCCCAGAAUGAAGUCCCUGAAGUGAAGAAAGAGGAGACUUUGCUGGAUCUGGACUUUGACCCUUUCAAGCCGGAGGUGACACCUGCAGGUUCUGCUGGAGUGACCCACUCACCCAUGUCUCAGACAUUGCCCUGGGACCUAUGGACGACAAGCACUGAUUUGGUACAGCCGCCUGACUCUUCAGAAAGUCUGUCCUUGUGUAACCUGAUCAUAGAGGAAACUCCAGACAGUGGGUUGGCCGAAGAAAUUCAAAGAUCUCAGAAUGAUAUAGGUGCAUUUACUUGGGGCCCUGAUGCUAGUACAGACAGGGUCAGCCAGGAAAUUACCUCAGGUGGGUUUGGAGAAGACUCUGCAUGUUUCUCCGAAGCAGAGCAAGGCAUAAGAUUAUCCACCAGACUGCUUUCGUCUGCUGACUGGCCCCCUGUAGCUGCACAGGAUGAGCAUGCCCUAGGGCCAGCCCUUCCAGGUGGAAAUGAACGACUGUCCCCAAAGCCUGUGCCUGAGGCUGGAGUUGCCAUUGCUGCUUGUGUGGAGAUGGAGCAGCCAUAUGACCCCCCUGACUCAGAGGUGCCAGCCAUGGCCACAGCUGGUCUGUUCAAAGAAAGUCAUGAAGAUGUGAAGAAGUCAGAUGAAGAGGAAGAGAAAGAGAAGAUAGAAGAUUCUCUGUGGGCAGGUGUGGAGACGUGUCAAAAGGCUUCUGGCGGUUCAUUUAAUGGAUUCACACAGCCCCAGGAUACUUCAUUAUUCACAAUGCAGACAGACCAAAGUAUGAUCUGCAACUUGGCUGAAUCUGAACAGGCUCCGCCCACAGAGCCGAAAGCAGAGGAGCCCCUGGCCGCUGUCACACCCGCUGUUGGGCUGGACCUUGGAAUGGACACUCGGGCUGAGGAGCCAGUAGAGGAGGCAGUGAUUAUACCUGGAGCUGAUGCUGAUGCUGACGCAGCUGUUGGAACUUUGGUGUCAGCAGCUGAGGGGGCCCCAGGAGAGGAAGCAGAGGCAGAGAAGGCCACUUUCCCUACCGGGGAAGGAAUAAGCUUAGAGGAGACCAAAACUGAAACUGAAACCACUGAGAGUGCAGAGAGUGCCCAACCUGAAUCAGAGGAGCUGGAAGCAGCAGUGCGUCAGGAGAAGGUCAUCCCUUCAGUGGUCAUAGAGCCUGCCUCCAACCAUGAAGGGGAAGGAGAACACGAAAUAGCCAUAGGUGCAGAGCCCAAAGAGACCACCGAGGAUGCGGCUCCUCUGGGCCCCACCAGCGAGACGCCGGAGCUGGCUGCAGAGCAGAAGCCUCUCCAGGAUCCUCAGCCCACGCCUUCUGCACCAGCCAUGGGGGCUGCUGACCAGUUAGCAUCUGCAGAAGAGGCCUCUCAGGAAUUGCCUCCUGGCUUUCUCUACAAGGUGGAAACACUGCAUGAUUUUGAGGCAGCAAAUUCUGAUGAACUUACCUUACAAAGGGGUGACGUGGUGCUGGUGGUCCCCUCAGAUUCAGAAGCUGAUCAGGAUGCAGGCUGGCUAGUGGGAGUGAAGGAAUCAGACUGGCUUCAGUACAGAGACCUUGCCACCUACAAAGGCCUCUUUCCAGAGAACUUCACCCGGCGCUUGGAUUAGGGCAACAAGUAUUGCAAGAAAGAGCUCAGCUACUGGGUUUUUAAACCUUCUUGAAAACCUGAAGAGUUCACUUUUGCUAUUAUGCUCUUAAUGAUUUACAGACUGAUGCCAGACAAACCUUGGGAAGAUGUAUCAGUGGAGCAUGUGUGCAAAAAA